ACUAUGAAUCCUAUAAUGCCCUCUACUGGUAGUGGUUACUAAACACGUCGAUUAUUGUCAUUUCUUUAAAAAAAGAGACUUUAAGUUUUUCCCAAUUUCCACUGCCGCGUCGUGCGUUUUCAAAGCAAAAACACGUUCUGUGUGAUUUGUGAAUGAAUGCCGUUUUAAUAAGUCCCGAGACGGAGCCCCAACACAUCGCGGGGGUGUCCAGUACGCCACUGGAUGUCAUAUCGCUAAAAAAGUUUUGUAGUCCAUGAAAGAUCCACCGGAACUACAACUCGUCGCGUUACGGAUUUAUGACGCAAGUGCUUACGUAACUGAACUUGAGCGAAACAUGGCGGCCUCCGUUAGGACACUUGCCCUUAGAGCGCUCUCCGAUUCUACGCGAAAUAUUCAACAUGUUUCAAGGUGUCGAAUCAAGCAUUUAUGCUGCCGUGCUGGAAUCACAGGGCGUCGCGGAUAUAGCGAUAGCACAGAGGGCAGAAGUACGCACUUUGGUUUCCAAACAGUCCCAGAGGAGGAGAAAGCAGAGAAAGUGUAUAAGGUGUUUGAAAAUGUGGCCAAGAAGUAUGAUGUGAUGAACGACGCCAUGAGUUUGGGAAUACACAGACUGUGGAAAGACACACUGCUGCACACUAUGAACCCGCAGCCGGGACUACGACUGCUGGACACGGCUGGUGGCACUGGUGACAUCUCUUUUCGCUUCUUGGAGUACACGCGCUCGAUGUAUGAUCGUCAGCAGAGAUUGAGAGCAAAAUCCCAUCAGACACCAUCGUGGCAGGACAUCGCUGAUCAUUACGUGUCAGACAAAGCAGGGCCUCCACAAUCUCACGCGGUGGUGUGUGACAUCAACAAAGAAAUGCUCAAAGUUGGUAAACAGAGGGCGGAGAAAGCAGGAAUCACUACAGGUCUUUCAUGGGUCGUGGGCGAUGCAGAAGAGCUCCCGUUCGAUGACGAUCAGUUCGACAUAUACACUAUUGCAUUCGGCAUCAGAAAUGUCACCCACAUAGAGCAAGCUCUACAAGAGGCUUUGCGUGUCCUUAAGCCAGGUGGACGGUUCAUGUGUCUAGAAUUCAGCAAAGUGACCAACCCUCUUCUUACAAGGUUAUUUACUACAGAUUCUAUUAUAAUACAGAAAUAUACACAGAUCAAGCUCUAA